UUUUACACGUCGUUCCCUGUUUCAAUUCUUUAAACCUUGUGUCGAACGUGCCCAUCUUCCUGCCAUGGCGCUGUUCGCUGGGCUGAAACCUACAGUCAUCGUCAUUGGAUGUUGGCUCUCAGGCCCCGUCCUGCUUGCUGCGUGGACCGGCAUUUUCAUGCUGAGGAUGGAUUGGAUGUCAUUCCUCGUGGUACCUUCGUAUCUCUUGAUGUUCAAGCUGCCAGAUUGGAAGCUUCGAUCCAGCUUUUGGCUUGCGACGAUCUUGCUGACGGCGACGUCUCAAGAUGUGUUGCGCUUGGUCUUCAGCGUUUCGGUCGCCAUUUUCGCCUCCCCGGUGAUUUUGGACUUUCGCCUGCCCAGCUGGCCGGGGUUCCUGCCCUUCAUGGAGAAAGGCUUCAAGGACUUCACGGCCAGGUGUGAGUUGAAAGGCCUGGAGAACAUCACCAAGCAGGACCGGACGGUCUUCGCGUUCCAUCCGCAUGGCGCCAUCAGCUUCGGAUUUACCGCCGCGGAGACGAAGCGCCGUUCGCGGGGAGACGCGGCAGCGCGAGUUCACGGGGUUGGUUGGUCCUCACAUGUGGAAAGGAGGGAUAGGACGUGAGGAUGACACAUCAUCGGUCCAG